AGUACAACAGUACACAGGCUGACGUCAUGACAAAGCCCGAGGACCGAUCCGCUUUGUGUCUGUAAUUAACAGUCAACACCAAGCCUAGUGCAAGACAGCAUAGCUGGCCUGGCAUCAUCAUCAGCCUAUAUAUAUUAAAUUAUUAUUGUUAUGAGUUACUUGAUACCUCCACUAUCAACAAAGAAAGAGAUAGAUGAAGCAAUCAAGCGGACAGAAGAUAAGAUACUUGUACUUCGUUUUGGACGCUCAGAUGAUAUUGUGUGUAUGCAACUGGAUGAAAUUCUGUCAAAGACAAGCCAAGAAUUGGGAAAGAUGGCUGACAUAUAUUGCAUUGAUGCUGACAGAGUUCCAGUCUAUACACAAUACUUUGACAUCACUCUCAUUCCAGCAACAUUGUUUUUUUUUAAUGGACAACACAUGAAAGUGGAUUACGGAUCCCCUGAUCAUACCAAAUUCAUUGGCAGCUUUAAGACUAAACAAGACUUCAUUGAUCUGGUAGAAGUCAUAUUUCGUGGUGCUAUGAAAGGCAAGCUUAUGGUGACAAGCCCCAUUGAUCCUAGAGAUGUACCUCAGUAUGAACUACUGUACCAAGAUAUUUGAUGAACAUCGAAACUUAACUGUUUGUUGGUAUGUGAGGUAAGCAGGACCAGGUGGAAGUCAUGGUGCUAUGAAAGGCAAGCCAUUGCUUCCUAAAUAGGUCCCCAAGAAUAAAUUGCUUCAUCAAAACAUUAUUUGAGGUAAAUAUAAGCCAAGUAUAUUACUAUACCAAGAUCCGAUCUGAAAGCUAUACUUUUUAAAGAUUGCAGUAUGAAACCCUGUUAAUGUAUUAAGACUACAAGCCAGGUAUUUGUAAACCAGGCCAUAGCUCACAAAUGAAAUGAGGCAAGUCCUCACCUCCAGAAGUACAGAAAUAACAAAAUAAUAGAAAGAUUAAAUGAGAACAAAGUUUGAAAUUUAAUAUUUAUUUUAUGAGUAAUUCGGAGGGAGAGAUUACAGGAGAUCCCGCCCGCGCAUGCGCAGUCAUCAUUCAAAGCAUCAAAUAUGACUCCUGAAAAACAGCAAGAAAGAUUAAACUAAGAUGAGAACAAGUUAGAGCUAAUUUCGUCCUUGAGUAAUGGGAGGGAGUGGGGGGCCUGUAAUCUCUCCCUCCGAAUUACUCAUAAAAUAAAUAUUAAAUUUCAAACUUUGUUCUCAUUUAAUCUUUCUAUUUUAUUUCGUAAUUCUCCUGGAGAAAUUACAGGAGAUUUCAAAGCUCAGGAGGCAUAUUUGAUACCAAAAUUACACCAAGUCACAACCCUGAUGUGAACACAACACAAUACCUCUAUACAACCGAGGAUGAGGCACUGCCUAACAAGGAGGCUGAGAAAUCACUUUUCUGAUCCAAAGGCUUAUGGUAGAAUUGUUGAAAAGUUUUCUCACUAGUCCAUCCAGCCUGUCUGAGAAUAGCAGCGAUGGGAACUUCUGACCUCUCAGCUGCUGACACCGACGCAGCCCUCGUGGAUUGCGCCUUGUAGAUAUCAGUGUCUACCCCAGCUGCAGCUAGAUUUACUCGUAUCCAAAGGGAGAUGGUUCGUUCACUUAUCCUUCCAUGAGGCUUCAGAUAGCUGAUAAAAAGGAACUUUUCUGAUCCCCUCAGACGUUCUGUUCUUCGAAUAUAAUGUUUUAGAUAAUGAAGAACACAGUCGUUUAUCUAGAGGGUAAGCUUCCAAUGUCAUAUCUCCAGUGAUAUGCCCUGGUCUGUCUUGUUUAGUAGUUGACCAAACCAAAACUUAGCUCCACUACUAGUAUCUUUAAGAGUCGCAUGCUCAAUGUUUAACUGAUGAAGCGACUGCACCCGCUGCGCUAAGGUUAGUGCUAAUAGGGUGACAAUAAUUUUCAGGCUCAAGAGCUUAAGGGUAAGGGUUUUCGCAGGUGCUAGCUUCCUUAAUUGGUUCAACACUAAUUUAACGUCCCAGAUAUGAGUGUACCUGGGUUUGGGUGGUCGAAGUUGAAAGGUUCCUUUCAUAAAGCGGUGCACUAAGGGAUGAGUUCCCACUUUUAAAGGACCAUCUAAAACUAAAAAUUUAGACAAUUAGGCACUUCUUGUAGUGUUCAAGGUACUAUAACCAGCUCCGUGUUCAAACAAACUUGUAAGGAACUCCAAUAAAUGUCUACUGAUGAUUGAACAUAACUCCAACCUUUGUCCAAACAAACAAAAAAUUUUCUUAUGUAGAUACAGUAUUGAUUUUUAGUAGAGUCUCUCCAUGAAGACAUUAUGAUCUCCGUAGUCUUUUUAUUCAGUCUCUUUAAAGGUUUCCAGAGAUCCUGCAACAUAACAGAUCAAUGUGAUCCCAAAAGGGGCGAGUGACAUUUGAGAAAGGUAAUGUAAGUAACCCUUUCCUCCUCUUGAAUUCUACAGGUUUCCCUAUUGUCAUAAUUUGGAGCAAGGGAAACCAAGACUGUGAGGGCCAAUUUGGGACAACUAGUAAGUCCAUAGCCUUGUCAUUCAGAAUUUUCUGCAAGCAACUUGGUAUGAGACAAAAUGGUGGGAAGGCAUAAAAAUUCAACUUGGCCCAGUUUAGGGAGAAUGCAUCAACCAAGAAUGCACUAGGAUCGGGUUGCAAAGAGACAUACCUAGGCAAUUGAUUAUUUAGUCGAGAUGCAAAUAAUUGACAAUAUCUGGUGAGCCAAAGUAAUGAGUAAAUUGGUUAAAAGCUUGCUUAUCCAGUGUCCACUCUGUCCUAUCAUUGAAUUUCCGAGACAGCUUGUCAGCUUCUACAUUUAGCUUGCCUGGAAUAUAAGAAAUAGACAGCCAAAUAUUUUUCUCUUAACACCAUUUCCAGAUUGUAUUUGCAAUUUCAUUGGAACUACAUGAUCUAUGCGUAGUAGGAUAUGGCAUUUUUCAUAGAUGUACAAAAGGACUUUAGUCCGAAAAAGGCUGCCAGUAAUUCAAGAUAAUUAAUCUCAUUAUUCUUAGCUUUGACAAGCUCCUCGGCAUUCCAUCACCCACCUGUGCUAGAAUUUAGCUCUAUACAUGGAGCUCCCCAUCCCGAACCACUUGCAUCGGAGUACAACUCCAGGUCCGGUUCUUUCUCUGACUAGACGAGUAUACAAUGUGCAGGUUUGCUAUCCACCAUUCAAGAUCGUACAGAGCUGCCUGCGAGAGUUGCAUGGGUCUAUCAAAAUUACCUUUGUUAAUUUUCGGUGCUACAAUUUUGUCCAAUUACAAAGCCCGAUAGAAAAGAGGGCCAUAUUGGACAGCAGGGAAUGUUGCUACAAUUUUCCCAAUUGUUCUGGAGACUGCUCUAAUACUAGGCAAGUUAGUUUGGAGGAGGUCUAAGCAACACUUUUUAACUUCAUUUACCUUGUCAGAAGGGAGUGUAAUGGACAUAUACACUGAAUUAAGGACAAAUCCAAGGAAAGUAAUUUCCUGUUGAGUACCGACUUAUCAGGGUAAAUAAUAAACCCAAGCUCUGAUAAAAGGCCAACCGUUUCAUCAAUUGCCUUCUGUACUUUGGCCUUAUUGUUAACAAUAAUAAUGAUGGUGUCAUCAAGAUAACACACUAAGAUGUGAUUUGCUUGGUGCGGUGUGGCGAACACUGGUUUCAAAAUUUUGGUAAAGAGCCGUGGUGCAGUACUCAAACCAUUUGGUAAACACGUAAAUUGAAAAAGAGUGUCUUGCCAAAUAAAUCUUAAGUACUUUCUAUCUGAAGGGUGAACUAGGACCGAAAAGUAAGCAUCCCGGAGGUCCACUGAGGCAAGAAAACAAUGUUCUGACAUUGUGUUGCUGUAUGUAUGCUAUCCAUCUUAAAAUGCCGACAGCUCAUAUACUUGUUCAGGUCAGAAAGAUCCAGAAUAACUCUUAGCCCACCAUUUUUCUUGGGCCGAGUAAAAAUGUUGGACACGAACUCUCCCUUCUCAUGGGAGCACUGUUCAAUCACCUUUUUCUCAAGUAAGUAUAUAAUUUCUUGAUUUUUACUUCAGCUGUUCUGAUAUGAAAACAGCGUGGGGGUAGUGAACGGUAUGGUUAAUAGAUACAUUUUCAAACUCUAAUUUAUACCCUUCAACAGCUGAUAAGAUGACGUGAUCAGAAGUAAUAUUUUUCCAACUGUUUACAAAAUGCCUCAGUCGGCCACCAAUAGGAAACUUUGAAUAAUCAUUAAGUAAACUCGCCUCUUCAGCAGAAGAAGUUUCUUUGUUUUCUUCGAAGGUGCACCCUACUUUGGGGGAAAGGGGGCUGUGGGAAGGCAUUCUGCUCUGCGAGCCUGGGUUCUGCCACUGGUCUUGACCCUUGUUCUUGCGUCGUUUCCACUGGGGCUGCCCUAAAAAUGGACCCUCUCGGUUGCCUGACCACAAAUCAUGUUGGGCUGAUUGAGCCCAUCCAGAUUCACGAGUACUGGUUUUAUUCCUGGCAUAUGGGUGAUAUGUGUGAGACUUGAAUUGCUUGUCCUUCAAUUGGCCUCUCAUCAUCCCUGCAGCUGCCUUUUGUUGCUCACUCAGGUCUUUCACUCGCUUAGCAAGAUCAUCUCCAAACAAGAACUUGCCCACUUGGGAAGAUUUGCACAAUGGUGUGAAUUUCAUAUUCAUAUCAGGUCUGAUAAGACGUUUCCUUGUGCAAUUUAGCUCAAAAUUGACAUUGCUGAGCAAAGCGAGGCAAUCUUGUUGAGCUUCAGAAAUAUUCAAUGACAAUGGGUCUAAAGAUUGCAUGAAUGCUGUCAAACCUCUUGUUAGUGAACGUUGAAUUUUUUGUAGUUGCAGGUCUCUUUGUCUAGUUACUUGUUUUAGUUUGUCCCAAAUGGGAGCAUUAACUCUUGGCACAUCGACCAAGGUUAUCAAUUGCUUGCCCCAUCUCUUGGGGCUGGGCAAACUUAGCGGCUAAUGCCGGUAUGCCUGGGCCUUAAUUGGCCCACAUCACAUUCACCUUCCCCACUCUCGAAAUCUGGUGCUUGUGAAUUGUCAUCAUUGACAUUGGUCACAUGGACCUGACCUAGCUGCGUGGAACUGAAAAUUCUGAUCAUCAUAACCAUAAUUACUAUCAUCGUAAAAAGACUCAGCCUCAGAUGGAAUAUUAUCUUGAUAAUGGCUGACCUAUGCCUGGGGAGUAACUGGCUCCCUGACUGGUUCUGAAAAGCCUGGUUCUCCAGUGCUUUAGUCAAAAGCGAUUCUAAUUUAGUAAGUCUCUCCUCAAACUCAGAGUUUGAAGUUGAGGGGGAAGGUUUAUUCUUUUUUGGGCUUGGCUUUUUAUGGUGUCAUAUCGGUUCCUAUGCCCGAAGAGCCCGACGGAGAUUUAAUAUCUCCUUUAUCUUUAUGUUUUUUUUGACAAUUUUAUUGGGCUUGGCUUUCAAUAGUGCCAUAUAUGCCCGAAAAGCCAGACGGAGAUUUAAUCAUAUCUCCUUAUCAAGAAGUUUAUCUAUAACUGUAUUCGACGAAGUCGAAGACGUAGACUGUUGAUGCGAUGCUGGUUGCUGGCUCGCCAAACAGGUCCGUGCGCCCGGCUUCGCCGGCGUCUGGCCCGGUGGAGAAACCGCACUCCGCUGCGACUGAGUCGCCGGCGGGCUGGUAUCCACAUUCAAGAGAUCACGAUACAUAAUCGUAUUUUCGUCAGGAAGUACUCCAACUCGAACCCAAUGUCGAUGUCAGAAGGAGGUUGUUAUAGAAAAGGGUUCUAGCGCAUAAAUUCCAGCAACCAACCCGAAGAAGGGGAAGAAAAAACAAAUUUUUAUCUUACCCCAAAUGGCGGAAAAUGACUGCCAAAUCAAUGCUGCGAACGUAAUGACUGCGCAUGCGCGGGCGGGAUCUCCUGUAAUUUCUCCAGGAGAAUUACGAAAUAAAAUGAUACUUGAAAUAUAUAGAUGUUGGGUACCAUGCCAUUUCCAAAUUCAUAUUACUUCCUAUACGAGUCAAUACCUCUGAUGCAUCACACAAUCGGACAGAUCAAAUGUCUUCAUGUUCAGUAUAAUUUCCUCUGCGUGUAUUGUCUGUGCACACAUUAAUAAAACCAUCAUUGAAACAUUAUGUUGUUAAAAGAAAAUGAUAUGGCUGGAGUUUGUUUUCUUUCUGCUUUAUUUCCCAGGGGGGGAAAAACCAAGAUCUGAAAGCUAUACUUUUUAAAGAUUGCAGUAUGAAACCCUGUUAAUGUGGUAUUGAUCUUGGUAUUGAUCUUGAUAUAAUUAAUGAGAGCGUUUGCCCAGUGAUCUCCUUGUACCAGUAGGACAAGUUAUCUGCACCAAUUCCCAUUCAUUAGAAGGCUCUUAUUUCUCAUACAGUUAACCGUGCUAAAGCAAUUGUAUGGAAGUUAAAUCAGAAGAUUCAAAGUACACAUUUAUCAUGAUUAAAUGCUUGGUGAUCUAACCUCCUGCCUGUACAACGAGUAGUGUGAAUUUAAAGCCAGCAUAUUAUUCUUAUACCUGUACUGUAUUCUCUCGGUAGACAGAUAGAAUAUUAAAUAGGUGCAUGGAACUGACUGAUGUAAUGAACUUUGUCUGGCUCAUUGUGGGCGCAUCUUGGUCAAGUGGUUCUGACUCUCGCCUUUCAAACAGAGAGUCCUUGGUUCGAAUUCAAGCCCUGGUGUGUUUUACUUCAGAAAGAAAUUUAUCCACACUGCUGCACUCAACCCAGGAGAGGUUAAUGGGUUCCCAGCAGGAGUAAUUCCUUGAAUGCAUUGAACGCUGGUGAAGGUAGCUUAAAAUCACUCUAUAAAUCCAGCUAUUAUUAUUAUUAUUAUUAUUUCAGGUCAAUUUCUAUGAAAGAGAUUCUUUGAAUGCAUUGCUGAGACUCUUGCAGAAUGUAUAAGUUUCUUUGGGAUGCAUUGCACUUUAAACAUCAAAAGUCAAAGUAACUGUUAUGGCUGAUGGCAUUUCAUGUGACAUUUUAUUCAUGCUUUGAGUGUUGAGAAAUUUACACCUCCUCUCUGAAGAGUCUGAUAUUUACGUACAAUGUACUUGAAUUGUGUGAUAUUUCCUGCAUGUGUCAGUGUUAAAAAUAAAAUUAAAAAAAAUCUA